GAUGGGAACAAACUUCAGAACGAGGAGAGACGCAGGGCCCAGGGCACCCUCACGGGCUGACCCGGGCAGUGAGGGCCUGCGGCGGCCGGCUGGCCAGGGCAGUGGCGUGGCGGCGGGCGCGGCGGGGACCUGCGUGAGGAAGCCCUGAGCCCUCGGCGGGCUGCGAGCGACUCCCCGGCGAUGCCUCACAACUCCAUCAGAUCCGCUGUUCCUGGGACUACUGUCUUCUUAGGCCACGGAGGGCUGAACCAGCUCGGAGGGGCCUUUGUGAACGGCCGACCCCUGCCGGAAGUGGUGCGUCAACGCAUCGUGGACCUGGCCCACCAGGGCGUGCGGCCCUGUGACAUCUCCCGCCAGCUCCGAGUCAGCCAUGGCUGUGUCAGCAAGAUCCUCGGCAGUAGGUACUACGAGACUGGCAGCAUCCGGCCUGGAGUGAUAGGGGGCUCCAAGCCCAAGGUGGCCACCCCCAAGGUGGUGGAGAAGAUUGGAGACUACAAGCGGCAGAACCCCACCAUGUUUGCCUGGGAGAUCCGAGACCGGCUCCUGGCGGAGGGUGUCUGUGACAAUGACACUGUGCCCAGUGUCAGCUCCAUCAAUAGAAUCAUCCGGACCAAAGUGCAGCAACCGUUCAACCUCCCCAUGGACAGCUGCGUGGCCACCAAGUCCCUGAGCCCAGGACAUACGCUGAUCCCCAGCUCGGCUGUAACCCCCCCAGAGUCACCCCAGUCAGACUCUCUGGGCUCCACCUACUCCAUCAACGGGCUCCUGGGGAUCGCUCAGCCAGGCAGCGACAGCAAGAGGAAAAUGGACGACAGUGACCAGGACAGCUGCCGGCUGAGCAUCGACUCCCAGAGCAGCAGCAGUGGGCCCCGAAAGCACCUGCGCACGGACGCCUUCAGCCAGCACCACCUGGAGCCGCUCGAGUGCCCCUUCGAGCGGCAGCACUACCCAGAGGCCUAUGCCUCCCCCAGUCACACCAAAGGCGAGCAGGUGAGCAGCCAGGGCCUCUACCCGCUGCCCUUGCUCAACAGCGCCGCCCUGGAUGAUGGCAAGGCCACCCUGACCCCUUCCAACACACCCUUGGGGCGCAACCUCUCAACUCACCAGACCUACCCGGUGGUGGCAGAUCCUCAUUCACCCUUCGCCAUAAAGCAGGAAACCCCCGAGGUGUCCAGUUCUAGCUCCACCCCUUCCUCUUUAUCUAGCUCCGCCUUUUUGGAUCUGCAGCAAGUCGGCUCCGGGGUCCCAGCCGGUGCCUCGGUCCCGCCCUUCAAUGCCUUUCCCCAUGCUGCCUCCGUGUACGGGCAGUUCACGGGCCAGGCCCUCCUCUCAGGGAGAGAGAUGGUGGGACCCACACUGCCCGGAUACCCACCCCACAUCCCCACCAGUGGACAGGGCAGCUAUGCCUCUUCUGCCAUCGCGGGCAUGGUGGCAGGAAGUGAAUACUCUGGCAAUGCCUACAGCCACACCCCAUACUCCUCCUACGGCGAGGCCUGGCGCUUCCCCAACUCCAGCUUGCUGAGUUCCCCGUAUUAUUACAGUUCCACAUCAAGGCCAAGUGCGCCACCCACCACCGCCACGGCCUUUGACCAUCUGUAGUUGCUAUGGGGACAGUGGGAGCAACUGAGCACCAAGGAGGACUUGGCCUGGGACAGGCCCCAGAGAGUCACACAAAGGAAUCUUUAUUUAUUACACGAAAAAUAACCGCAAGUCCAGCACUGCGGUGCACUCCCUGUGUGAUUGUUUUAAUGAACCAUGAAAGACAGGAUGACUUUGGAGAAGGCCACACUGUCCUCUAAGACUCCAUAAGGAGGGGCAGGAGUCCCAGGGAAAGAGAGAACUGUUCCGUUCCAAAAGAGACACUAUUGGAGGAGAAAUGUGGAGAGAAGAAGGAACAGUCGAGGAGCUCGAGGUGGACGGCUCAGGG